GCCACCCCCUCUUCUCCGAAAUGGCUGCCGUCUACGCCCAACCCGCUGCCGCCAACUACUUCACUGCUCCGGCCCAUGCGCCCCCUAAGCAGCGCGGAUAUCGCAUCUGCGACCAGUGCGGGACCGUCGAGCAACCACACAUCGGUCGCUUCAGACUCUGCGGUGGCUGCAUGAUCACCCAGUACUGCUCUCAGGAUUGCCAGAAGGCCCACUGGCCAUCGCACAAGCCCAUCUGCCAACACACCGUCUCGCAGAUCUCGUCUGCGAAACAGCAACCCGGCCCCGGCGCGAUGGACGAGGGCCUCGUUAAGGGCCUCCGGAAGUUUGUGUCCGGCCACUCCUCCCUUCUCAGCUGGGCCGGCUUCCAGGCGCUCCAGCUCAAGCGGGUGCCCUCUAACAUCCGCCAAAACGCCCUCCUGAUCGAACUCAACUACCGCCACUCAGCGUCGGACUCCCUGCGUCGAUUCUCGAUCAAGGGUGCCCACGUUGUCCCGAGGACGUACGUGACCGAUAGCGACCCCCUCGUCGGGCAGGACAUCAUGCGCCGAGAGGAGCGGUGCCGCAAGAGCGGCGGCAUCGGCUGCGUCGUCGUCAUCAUCCAGUGCGGCGAGAUCAGCCAGGUGAUGCCUGUCGAGGUCGACUCGCCCUCGCGCAUCUCGUGGGACAUGCGCGAGGACUGGCCGCAGGUCCUCCAACACUACGUCGAGUCCGGCCGGACAGACUUCAAGCCGAUAUCCACGACGGCAAGAGGUGUCGUCUACGGGUGAGCUGCCCAUGCGGCCCUCCGGACAUUCCCCCCGACGUCGAUCGUCUUUUGCGCGGCUGAUGCACCGGGUGCCUUCGCGCUUCCUGCCUUCGCGCUUCCCCGGACUCCCCCCUUUCCUCUCUGCCGCUCUGUUCGUCGCGCACUCCCUUUCCCGGUCGCUUUCGCCUCUUCGUCAUCCGGUACUUUCGCGCUGUGCAUACUUCCCUCCGCUCACUUCGUUUCGCUCCAUCCAUAUGACCUAAGUUAUACCCCGCAUCUUCGACUUGUAUUACAGAUGUAUCACCACCCGCUACGACGUCUUGAAUAAUGAAC